AUGGUCUCAAGACAUGUUGAUGCCGCGAGCAGCUGCAGGAGCGCCAUGCGAUGCUUUCUUUUUGUGCGUCCCGUGGGCCUCAUCCCCCCUGGAAUUUGCAAGACUUCAGACGACUCGUCAAGGCCAGCGCAGAGAGCAUGUCGUUCCUUUCUGCGAGGCGACAGCUCCGCCCUCCGAGUCUGCGGGGCUGUGCUUGUCGCGCUCCUCUUUGGAGUUGCGCUUGUGGCGUUCAACGAUGCCGACAUGAUCACUGGCUCAGAUGUUGUCUUGUCAACGCAGGAUGUGCAGAUGUUAGACAAGGAAGACAGCCAGUUCCAAGACAGAAUCUCACGACAGAUGCGGCAGCUCAUGAAACGCGCGAAGAAGGAGGAGGCGAAUGCAGAUGAGGAGAGCCAUGAAGGGUUGUCCCUUGACACGAAAGCGAAAAGAACUUGCAAGAUAGCGGAAGUUCUUCAGAAUACUGACGAUGGGCUGGAGAAUCGCGCGAGAACGCAGAAAGAAGCCGCGACGUCACUGGAGGGGAGAGCAGCUGAGCUUCUCGGGGCCGCCAACAUCGAGCAGAAAACGUUUGAAGCUCUUCACAAGAAAGGAUCUUCUCUCAAGGAAGCAGGUCAAAAUCUCAUGACCUCCGGCACAAAGUUGCUCUCCAAGGGGAAGGCGCUCAAUGCCACUACGCACGGCAAGGAGAAGGAGAAGGAGAAGACAGAGGGAGAUAAGAAGGAGGACAAGGCCAAGAAGAUCCUCGCUCAGGCCCACGUCAUCCUCUCGAAGGCCACACUGCAUAAGAACAAGGCGGAUGAGCUACGGGCCGAGGCGGAUCGAACGUCGAAGGCGGCUCAGGCUGUCAUGCAGCUGGGGGAGAAAUUUGAGAGGAGAGCAGUUUCCCACCGGCUCAAGACCAUGACGUAUCGCUCCAAGUGCACCAUGAUGAGGGCCAAGGCAGAAGCUGCCCUGCGCAAGGCCGAGGAUGAGGCGAAGAAUGCGGAGGUGCUACACAACAUCUUCAAACCGAAGAAGUGA